UAGUUCUAAUUCGUUCAGAAACGCAUUGACGUUUAGACUGACAAAACGUUUGCCCAAAAAAAAUCAGACUGACAUUUCUACAGGCAACUCUGGAACGGAAUUAAUUUUUCAGCUUUUUGUGCUAAAAGAAUUUUUAUUUUUAACCAUUUAUUUCUUUUAUCGUAACAUUUACUACGUUUGCUUUAAGUUUUAAAUAUUGCAAUCGAAAAAUAAUUAACGUGUACUUGUGUAUUGAGUGCAUACGCCCUUGAAAAUCUUGUGUAAAAAAAAGACUAAAGUCAGCAUAGCAACAACAGAGUGGUCCAUAUAACACCUAUUUUGGGGGACACGGCUCGCUUACAACCACACGGGUGCCUUUAUGAGAUGAUCGAUGAGGAUGUACGCAGGCUUGGACGUCAAGAAGAAAGAACAUUAAUUUGAUUAUAGCCUUGUAAGUGUCCAGUGGUGCUUUCUUUUAGUGUAAGAUGAUUACCCGAAGAUGGUUCCAUCCAUCUCUGACCGGCGUGGAAGCGGAGAAACUCCUGAUGGAGUGCGGUCACGACGGUUACUUCCUCGCCAGGCCGAGUACGAGUAAUAAGGGGGAUUUUACCCUGUCAGUGCGCAGAGGCAAUGAGGUGACCCAUAUAAAGAUCCAGAAUAAUGGCGAAUUCCUCGAUCUGUACGGAGGCGAGAAAUUCGCAACUCUAUCGGAACUGAUUCAGUACUAUAUGGACAAUCAGUGCCAGUUGCGCGAGAAGAAUGGCAAUAUUAUUAGGUUAAAAACGCCGCUCAACUGCGCCGAUCCGACAACCGAGCGCUGGUACCACGGACAGCUGACUGCUAAGGAGGCGGAGAGGAUGAUGCUGGAGAACGGAAAGAACGGCUCGUUUCUCGUCCGAGAGUCUCAGAGGCAGCCGGGAGACUUUGUGCUGUCAGUCCGCACCAGCGACCGAGUGACGCAUGUCAUUAUCCGGCGGCAGGACAAGAAGUACGACGUCGGCGGUGGCCAGCAGUUUGAUGACCUUGUCAGUCUCAUCGAACACUACCGUAGCUUCCCCAUGGUCGAGACAACAGGGGAAGUGCUGCGACUAAUACAACCGUUCAAUGCAACACGAAUUCAAGUCCGCCAUCUACACACACGAGUCAAACAGCUGCAGAAAGAAAACGAAGGACCGAUUGAGAGUAUGGCUUACAAACAGGGCUUCUGGGAAGAAUUCGAAACGUUACAGAUGAUGGAGAAUUUACAACUAUUCGAUAGAAUGGAGGGAUCCAAACCCGAAAAUAUUAGGAAAAACAGAUACAAAAAUAUCAUCCCGUUCGAUCACACGCGCGUAGUGUUAAAGGAUAUCCCUCCGGACGCGCCGCCUGGUUCCGAUUAUAUAAACGCUAACUACAUCCGAUGUGACAGUAUCGACUCGUGCUCCGAUUCCCAGGAUAGUAACGGGAUCUAUGAAAACGGCACAUUCUGCAGAGAUGGUACUCCAUGCAGUAGUAAAGACAAGUUAUCUCCCAAUCACUCCAGUCUCAUCGUUACUGAAGAAAAAACUAGUGGGAAAAUCCACGGAAACGGCACUCAUAAGCUUCCAGCAUUUGAGCCGAGCGUUCUCCGUACAAACCCGAAUUAUGUGAACACCACGAUACCCAAGUCGGCUGAAGAAACGGAAAACGGUAUUCAUGCCGAGCACGUGUACAACAAAACGUACAUCGCUACCCAGGGUUGCCUCUCCACCACCAUUUAUCCAUUUUGGUCGAUGAUAUGGCAAGAGGACGUGCGCAUCAUCAUAAUGACCACGAAAGAAAUCGAACGCGGAAAGGUCAAGUGCGAGAGGUAUUGGCCCGACCUCAAUAAAACCGAUGUCAUUAAAAAGUUUACCAUCUUCAACGAAUUUGAGUCAUCGACUCCGGACUACACGCUGAGGAGAUUUUUGGUUACGAAAAAAGAUGAGCCUAAUGUGAAGCGGACAAUAUAUCAUUUUCAUUUCACCGCAUGGCCCGACCACGGCGUCCCUUCAGAACCAGGCCGUGUGUUGAACAUCCUUUUAGAUGUGAACUACAGGCUGCAGCAGAUCAUGACGGGUCCGGAGCCGCCCCUGCAGGCCGUGGUGUGUGUGCACUGCUCGGCGGGGAUAGGUCGCACCGGCACGUUCAUAGUCAUCGACAUGAUCCUCGACCAGAUCCGCAAGGAGGGCUUCGACUGCGAGAUCGACAUCCAUCGGUCGGUGCAGAUGGUCCGCGACCAGCGCUCCGGCAUGGUGCAGAACGAGGCGCAGUACAAGUUCAUCUACAUGGCCGUGCUGGAGUUCAUCGAGACGGAGAAGCAGCGCGUGGGUCUGGGCCCCGAGCCGGCGCAGGACUCGCCGCGGGCGCGGUCUCUGCCGGUCCCUUUUUUAUGAAUCGCGCUAAAAGCGCAAGAAAAUUUCUAUCGAAAGCUUUAUCAUGUGGAAAUUUAGGGGUGCGUAGAUUUUAAACAUUAUCUAUUUGUUGUAACGAGUUUAUCAGGGAUAAUUUUGAAAUGAGUCGUGCGUGAAGUACGGUUUCCAAGCGAUAAAACUUUAUCAAUUCGUUUCGAUGCAUCGUCGAGGUAUUUACCAACAAUAUGCACAUACUUAUGAUAACGGCAAAAACAUAAUAUUUUAAAAGUCACAUAUUUUAACUUGUAUAUAUUUAGGAAGCUACAGUACAUACCUGAUUUCUUUAAUGUGCUGAAAUUCGAUUAUUCGUGUGUGAAAUUAUAUGAAAAUCUAAUCAAAGCAAAACACUAUUAGUUGUUAAAAUAUUAACGACAAAAUGUAUUCAAUAUAAGUUAAUGUCUAUCAAAGCAUAAAUAUUUACGAAAUAUCAAAAUGAGGCACUAAUUAAUCAAGUCUCAGUUGUAGCAUAUGAAAUCUGUCCAAUAUCUGUCUAGGCAAGUUCUUUAGAACUAUAGAAUUCUUCACUAAAUGUUUACUCUUAUACCUUAUCCUUAUAAAUAUUCUAAUAACAGUUUUAUUUAGCAUUAUUUUACUCUUUGACAUUGAACGAGAAAAGGUGAGAGAUAAAACAUGGAAUAACUUUUCGUAGGACCUAAGGUACAAUCAGCCACGAGAAUAGCAAUACAAUUUAAAAUCACCUGUACGCGUUGAGUAAAAUGGAAAUAUGUUUUUCUUUAUCUAAAAUAAAUGAAACCUUUUAUAGUUUAGUUUAGUGAAGAAAUAAUAUUGUUGACAACGAGACUGAAGUGUAUAAGCGAUUUGAAGCUUUGUAUUUCACUAUUUUUUAUGACUGACUGUACCUACAUAUUUUGUAAAAGAACUCGUGAAAUCGCAAUAUCCAAUACAGAUUUACCUAAAAUAUAAAUCUAAUGCCGAUGAAUUCUGAUAAUAGCUGCUUAUUUUUGUUGAACUUUAUCUACAAGUCUAUUAGGUGAAAUUUUCAUUGAUAAGCAUUCAUAGCUCUGUCCUACAUCAUCCCCUGAUAAUCGUCAGAUUUCACACCUGCUGUGGCAAUUUUAUACCGCCAAUAAUAAGGCAAGAUUUGUUCAUUAACAUUGGUCAAUGUAACCUUACUUACCCGCGGUCUUCUCUGUUGGCGCAGACGAUGUUCUACAAAUCUCAUUGAAUUAGUUCAACAGGAGGUAUUUGGAGGUCUGUUCCUCCUAUAACUUAAAUUAUAAUAGCGGUAUGGUGUCUUAUGUUUUCGCGAUAAACAUUGAAAUAAAACCAUUUUUUAUAAUUGUAAAAUGUAGAUAGACAUUGUAAGUUUGACUUCGGAUGACCAACACCUCAGUCCCCCCAUGACCAUGAAGGUUGCAAAGACGAUAUGUAAAACAUCGCUAUAAAUUGCGAAAAAAAAAGUUUUAUUUCAAUAUAACUUAGAGUUUAUACCAGCACCGCCAGCAAAAUGGUCACUUUUGGGCCAACAACACUAAACACGUCUGUAUAACUCUAGACUCUAGGAGAUACUCAAGGUGACUUAUAUUUUGAGUAAACUGUACCUGCUUUCAAAAGGCGUGAGAUAAAUAAAAAAAUCUGUUUAAACUAAUAUCAAUUCUAUGUAAGAAAUCUUUGACUAUUCAUUAACGUCUCGGUGGAUGCAAUCCUUAAUUUUUAUUUACGGAGUUGAUAAUUGAAACAGAUGGUCAGAUAAAAUUGAAGUUUAAAUUUUAAUAUAGUACUUGUCGAAUAUUGUAAAGAAAACGACUAUAUCAGGCUAAGGAAUUGUAAAAACAAACACGGAACUAUAAAAGAAUAUAAAAAAAGGAACCAAGUCCCAACUAAAUUGUAUCAGAUUGUUUUGAAAUAUAUUGUCAUAUAAUAAAAAAAGGUUUUCGGUUUCAUCAUAUCUGCUGUAUUUUUAAUAUGUUUACUAACCGAAUACUGUUCCAUAUUGAAGACCUUAUACACAUACAUUCGUAUUUUUCAAACAAAACAGCAUAUUUUUUGUUAUUACAGUAUAACAAAUUUACGGUUUUCAGAAAUUUUCCUUCAUAUACAAAAAAAAUGCGUCUUGCUAAAUUUCAUGAUUCUAGGUAUAUAUAUCUUUUGAUCGCGUACUUAUAUGUUUAAUUUUGUUACAACUAACAGUGACAGUAGACCCGAAUAUUAAAUAUAAAUUUCAACUUGAUACCUUUACGCGCUCCGGAGAAAAAGAGUUGACAGGCAGACGCAUAACACAGUAAUCUUAUAAGAGUUCUUUUUGAGGUACAUAAACUUAAAUAGAAAUCAUUACCAUCUUACAUGUGAAAUAAUUUUUUAUCACUCGAUGUGUGGCUACCGAGUUUGAAUAUGCGACAAUUAUUAUGUUUUUAAAAAGAGAAAUUUAUUCAUUUAAGAAAAAAAUAUUACGACGAUGGAAACAUUGUCAUAAAGCCUACGGCGACCUGGAGACGUAUCAAAACGUGUUGCUUUAAUUUAUAUUACAUGAAAGUCGGGCGUCGACUUCGUCGUGAUCUCGAAUUGGAUUCUUUUUAGGCAGAAUGUUUUAUAUUUUUUAUUUUUCGACAUUUGAUAUGUGCUUGCAUUGACCUUUUUGUAUUGUGUGAUAGUUUGUGUUAUAGAAAUAUUAGCGAAACAACUCUCUGUGUAGUGUUGCAUCUGCAGUUCGGUCAACUUGUUGCUCAACUAGUUGAUUUGAGUAAAAUAAAUGUCAUGAGCGCAACAACGAACUAUGACCUGACCAACGUUUUUUAAGAGCAAGUUAUUGGUAUAAUACGCCUUUUUAGCGUUAUAAGUUUAAGAGAGUAAAAUAAUAUUUCAAAACAAAAUCAUAAAAAUUACGAAUUUUAUUUUGUAUAUGUCCUGGAAAAUUGUGUCAAGUUAUCUUCAGUCUCAUGAGUUGAUGGAUAAAAUAGAUAGUUAUUGCUCUUAUGACCCUAAAUGGCUUUUUCAUUAAGAUCUUACUUACCACUGCAUACGGAAUUAAUCGUUUCGAUAAUUAUUUAACUAUAAGCAGCUGAGUUUGGUUUUAUGAAAAGUUUAUAAAAAUGAGUUUUGAUUACUUAAUUGGUUGUUGAUUUAAUUGUAUAAAAAUAUCUCACAAAAUAUGUUCUGUUCAAAUAUGAAAUUGAAAUUUAUCCAAAUGGUGAUUCUCCAAAAAAACAGUUAACAUAAAGAAACUGAAAUAUUGUGAAAUAAUGCAGCAU